GAUGAGACUCUUUGGUGUGUUAAUAAAAGCAGGAAGCUCGUCGUGCACUCAAAUGCAUCCUGACGCCAGAAGCGGUCAGACAUGACCGAUUCAUGGUUGGUGGCGUCGACGCAAAAAACCGCAAGAACAUAAAUGCCACCGAAACCAUGCUCAAAUAUGUUCUGGAUCCCGUGUUGCCCUUCACCCGAAAGUUCUUUAUCCGUCAACAUGACGAUCCAGCGGAAUCGUCGCGUUGAACAGUCAGAAAAUACCUUUUUCUAUUCGUUCUUCCUGCUUGAGACGCUCAGUUUGAAAUCGGUGCUGGCAGAGGAGAGAUCUCUCUAGCACCUUUAAGCAAGACAACUUCUUUUUCUGCCUUUGAUUCUUUCCUCAUCCAUUAUUUGAUUUUAUAAAAAAAUUGAACAAUGAAGUUCUUGGUGGUGUUACCCUUCUUGGUGGGAGCAGCCUUUGCUUACAGCUCAGGAGCUCCUAACUGCGAUGUGGACAUGCCUGGUCACAAGGAUGAAAACGGCGCACAAAUUGAAUUCCAGCCCGAGACCGACGAGGGCGGGAAGAACAUCAUUCCUAUCGUUUACACCAAAACGCAAACGGGCGAUAAGGAUUGGACCGUGAUCAUCAACGCUCCCACGGCCAAGGCUCAAUUGAAGGGUCUCCGAAUUACCACCCAAGCCCAAGGGACCUACACCAUCCACGACACCGACAACUACCAAUUGGGCACUGGCUCCGUGAUCGCCGAGUGCGUCACCCAUUCCAAUGGCGACGUGAAGCAAGGCGCCCAAAUGUUCACCUUCACCUCCGAGGACGGCGAACCUACCUUUGAUGUCAUUAUGGUGGCCAAUAAGAACACCUUCUGGAAGGUCCAGGUCUAGAUCUGGAACAAAUCGACGACUCACAAAACCACUCCUAUUAUUCAUUCCCCGUUGUUAAGUUAAACCAUUGUCCUCCAUUGUUUUUGGUCUGAUUCAAUCCAGGUGUGUCCUGUGUUUCUUUUUCGUUUUUGUUGACCAUUAUUAAACAGAUUCCUUCUAUGAAAACAA